ACCGUCGGGGUCUUUUAGCAUACUCGGAUUCUAACAGGUGUCUGGCGUUCACCGUGGGCUUCUCGUACGCCCCCCCGUGUUUCGUGCACUUCGCCGUGGCGCGAAAACGUCGACGGCUGACGGUCAGACUUGAGCUUAGUCCUUCUUGAGCUUAGUCCUUCCACCGUUGGCGUUCACCGACGGCCCGUUAGCUCCAUGGCCCGUACAGAUUAUGGUCGUACCGACUAUGUUAGCUUGGUUCUUAAUCGACUUGAAAAGCUAUGUGAUAACUAUAUAUCAAAAGCACAAGAUCUCGCGAGCGCAGAUCGAACGCUGCUAGAGGAACAAUUAAAUCAUACCCGUAAAAAGUUGCGUGGCCCUAACGGCGCUUCGAUGCGGAAUCCUUUGACGCAAAAGAAUGUAGUAGGAACCAACGCAUUACCCACCGUCUUGAAAUCACCUCAAAUUCCGAUGGUUGAAUGCAUGCUUUUAAAAAAAUUUCGAGACAACGCUCGCAAGUUAACUGAGAUGUACACUUUCAAGGACCUCCAGCGCGAGCUCAAAGCCCGCGGCCUUCGUGCAUCCGGGAAAAAGCAGGAGCUCAAAGAUCGCCUUGAGGCUUCGUUGGCGCAAGAACUUUCCAGUAUCGCGGCCAAGAAUGCCGAAAUAAAUACCAACAUAUGUAUCAAUGAUUGCGUGACUCAGGAAUGUAUGAUUAAGGAGCUACCUGAGGCAAUUACAGCUCCAGCAGUGACCGGUGUGGCCGUGGCUUCAGUAACUGCUCCAACAACAUGGAAGAUCAUUCCUGAAUCCAAUUCAUUAUCAAGCAUAUCUUCUGGACUAGUCGACAGCGAAGGCCCCAAAUCAGCUCCGGAGAGUCUGCCAUAUCCAUCUGCAGGCAAUGCUGAAUUGAGACCUGCCGAAACAACAAAUGCGCCAUCUAGUUGCCUAUCAGAAGCUCGGGCUCACCAGGCGGGAGUGCAGGAUUUCGAGCAAGAGGGACAACUUAAAAAGGAGCGCGAGUGCACGAUGAAUGAAGAUGCGGUGCGUCGGGUUGCAGCGAUAAAGCGUCGCGAAGAAGCUGAAAAGCGCCGGCAAUUCCAAGAGAAAGAUCAGUGCCGUGUAGAUAAAGCUGCGUGUGAAAUAUCACGGGAAACCCCCAUCGUCGAACUUCCAGCAUCCAUUCACCAAAAUACACUGAUUCCCGUUCUAACUGGAACCAAAUCUCUCACUCCCGGACCAGAUAUUCGUGAAGAACCGCAUAAAUCUUUGCCGAAGGCCAUGCUCAAGCCCCUUUCGCCGAUUGACACCUACGAGAUCAGCGAUCGCGAAGAAUCAACGGACGAUGACGAAGACAAUGAAGACCGCCGCCACAAGCACGUGCCUGCCUGGGCGAGUGGGACGAAUCUCCGCGAGGCGCUUCGUGCCCAGGCUAAUUCAGAUCCAUCUGCAGUCUUUUUAGUUGGUGCCUCAUCGUGUGAUUUAAAAAAUAUUUUCAAGACUGAUCGAGCCUUCAAAAAACGCACCUCUAGCCAAAACUGGGGAAUGGAUCUUAGCACCCAAAUAGAGAGGCAGAAAUAUCGCGCAGAGAUGGGCUUCACGCCCCCGAAGUGAUGGUUCCACUUGGGAACUUCCUAUGGAACUUCUUGUGCCUGGGCAGUCGAGUAAACUACGGAGCUGCUUUCAGAGGUAAAUAUCGGGAUUCAACUGAUGCAUUUCCGUGUUGCGCUGAUGGCAAAUUCAGCAUCUGGUGAGUAGAUAUCAUCCGUGUCAACGGUCCUUCAGGUAGCAGGCUGGCCGGAAAGCGCUCGAGCGGCUAAUUAGGGCAUGGCCGUCGGCGUAGCUCCAGAAAGAAACACUCCCACGGAGUCGACUGAAGUCACUCAAAUUCGAGAACACAUCAGCCGCGGGCGCGGGUCUUGGAAAUUCUAAGUUCAGGCCCGCUGUAGAGAGCUCUCUAUAGUUAGGGGAAUAUGAGAGUAUCCCUAGUUAGGACCCCGCGGGAAAUACUAGUCCUACAUAGCCCCU